AUGCCCUUUGGAAGCGCGCACACACAAACCAACUAUGACAUCACAGGCACAGGGAGAGGGAGAGACCUGAGAGUCUUCUUUAAGAUCACCACACUCCCCCAACCAUCUCAUUGCUCUCUCUCUCUCUCUCUCUCUCUCUCUCUCUCUCUCUCUCUGUGCAUUAUCACUCGAGGCUCGGUCGUAGGUAACUAGCAAUUGAGCUCUUCGAUUCUUGCUUGAAGUGCAGUUAAGGCACACUACUACAACUACAAGCAAGCUGGUGCAUGAGCCUGUUUUGCUUCUCCCCCUGAGCUUGCAGUUGCGUUUGUUUUCUUGAAAGACACUUGCAGUUGCGUUUGAGUGCACCUCUGAGGCUUUGAUUGGCUUCGAGCUCUGUACUUAAGCUCACCACCUCGUCCAUGGCGUUGCAGCCUGCAAGACUUUCUGGUUCUUGCUAGCUGCUGCUACUUAUCCACCUAACUGAAGGUGGAAUCAAAGAGUGUUGUGUUGUGCUGUUCUUCCAGUGUUCUUGGCAUGUUCUUGAGAUCAAAGAUCCAGGAGAUGAUCUUGAGGAGGAGGUCGAGGUCGAUGAGCCACGUCUCUGAUCAGCUCGCGAGCUCUUCGACGAUUCCAUGUGAUGGUGACAGCAGCGCCGGCGCCGGCGGCAGCAAGGGUGCCGCUGCCCGUGCCUUGUUCGCCUCUCCGAGGCUGUUGCACUCUUCCUCCCUGCCCACCGGCAGCGUCUUCGCCAAGAACCCAGUGCCAGACGCCGAGUCCGAGACGGCCUUCUCCAUGAGCCCGACCUCCGUGAUCGACGCGGCCGCAGCCUUCGCGUCCGGCUCGGACGUUGUUGGCAAGCGCCGGCCGUGGCGCGACGGCCUGCACGGCCUCGCCGACGCGCUGGACUGCACCGACCAGCAGCAAAGGGGCGUCCUCGCGGCGACGUCGCGGGCCAUCAGCGCGCAGACGCCGCCUUCUCUGGCCCGGUCGUGCUCCCUGGACCGCCGCGUCGAGUUCGGCGUCAAGAACAAGAGCUCGUGGCUGCCCCUGCGCGGCAGCGGACGCGAGGUGGCAUCGCCGGCCGCGGCCUCAGAGCCUGGUGAGAUGGAGCCGUCGUCGGAGGACUACACGUGCGUCAUCUCCCGCGGGCUGAACCCGAGGACGGUGCACAUCUUCGGCGACCGCGUCGUGGAGGGCGCCGCCGCGGAGAGCCCGCCGCGGCCAAUAAAUUUGCCGGCGCGGCGAUAGGGGUUUCUUCAGCUUGUGAUCGAUGCAUGCGUAGCCCGAUGCAUCGUAAAUUGAGUUUGCAGAGUGCUAUUAAAUUCAGACUUAAUGUUGUAGUAUUGUAUUGGUUGUUCCAUCUGAUCAGAUGAUCAAAGCUGUUUUCUUGAUCAGAUGAUCUACUAGAUAUUUUGUUCAGGUUGAGCCGAAGCUGUCAUAUAAAUCUCAACAUGUUGUUUUUUACUAGAGAAACUUGUAACAAAAUCUCAACCUGUAAAUUAGCUGCUGAAUGCUGAACUACUAUGUGAUGGAUUUGAUUUCCAAGACAAGCCUAGCUGUUCUUGGUUUCAAAACAACUCGAGCCAGUCCUGACCCCAAAACUGAAUUUUUGUCUGCAAACAGCACAGGCAGUUCUUCAAUCCCGAACAGAACUUCAGAACACUUCCAAACUCUGACAAUAAUUCAUAACAUCUCUCCAGUUCCGUCAAGAAUUUCAGACCAUUUCUCCAUGAAACCAGCAUGAACAUAUACAACUAACCUAGAGUUAGAGUAUGCCAUGAGCUGAGUCCCCAAUCAUUGAUGGUUUCUUGCAGCAAU